AUGUUGGCAGCACAGUCCACCAGCCAAAAUGGACAAGGCACAACUGCAGAUACUACAAGGCUUCUGCAAUUCAAGUCGGUCUUGGCCCAGCUGACUUUAGACUGGGACACUGUGUUAAUGGCCAUCAAAACUGCAAUCGCGCCCGCCGUGCUCGUUUGUAUUAUUGAAGCGGACGCAUAUAUCAAUUACUUCACCACAAAUGCUUACUUGGCUGCGAUCAUUGCGGCUUCUGCGCUGCCUUCUCUUCCGCGGGCAAAGCUUAUCGAGUACAAUCUCCAACUCGCAUUUACCACAGUCACGGCAUAUUGCUGGGCAUUGCUUGCCGGCUGGUGUGCGCUGCAGGCCAGGAAACACACCACAGAUAGCACUGGGCAGCUGGCAGCCUACAACUCCUCAGCUGAAGCCGUGGUCGCCAUAUUCCUGAUAGUUAUCAUCUGGUGUGUGUUCACCUUAAAGUCUACCUAUCCUUCUUGGAACCUCCAAUUCACCUUGGCUGGCAUCUACGCUGUUGCAGCAAUGCCUGCUGUUGCUCGAGUGACUACUAUGACAGAAGCCAUUGCUAAGACCACCGUAAUCCUGGAGGCUUUUCUAGCAGGACAGGCCAUCGGCUUUGUCACCGGCCUUGUCAUAUUCCCGUCGAGUUGCAGAGGGGUAUUCAAAAGAGACAUAAAAGCCGCCCUAGAUGCGUUGGUCGCUGUCAUGCAGGCUCAAGGAAAAUGCAUGGACGAUUUCAGGUCAAACAAGAUCUCUGCGGAAAGCGAGGAAAGGAGCUCAGCUAUCCGUCAGCUUGAGGAGACCCAGCAACAGCUCACAAAUAUCAUUGUCAAGGCUCAUGAAGGCGUCAGGUAUGCAGAGCGAGAAGUAUCUUGGGAUCGUCUUAGUGGCUCAGAUCUGCAGCAUAUUGCCUCAUUGUUGGUCAACUUGAUUCCACCUGCAUCUGGUUUAAGCUCCACAGCCCACAUGCUGCAGCUGGCCGCAGAAGGGUGCCGUUCGCACAAUGGUACUGAUGCGAUGAAUGGUCGUGAUGUGGGAAAUGAUACCUCGGAUGACGAGAAGGAUUGGCAUGAUCUUGAGUUACAAAUGCACCGGCACUCACUCUCGAUAUCUGAGGCAAUCAUCGACGGAGCGGAGCACGGCAAACUCAGGCUCGACCAGACCAUCGGCUGUUCUUUGUUCGGCAAAAUUCGUGCGCAAGAGACUGAUGAAGAGCGCCGGGGGGAACUCAUGCGCCCGGGAACGGCCAACUUUCUGAGGUCUUAUCGUGACAUCUUCUCCAGCUGUAGUGUUUCGCAUCAGCAGGACCAUGACACUAGAGAGGAAGAGCUGCUUCACAAUUACAUGCAGAACAGACCACAAGUUGAACAUUGGGACCACGCCGCGCCUGAAGCGUAUUCCAAUACUCUGCGCUAUUUUCUAUUACUCCAUUUUCAAACCCUACUCUCAUCUCUUGGAGACGAACUACUGCCGCUGCUGGUUUUCCUCGAGGACUGCAAUACGAAACCCAAGCGACUUCGCCUUCCUCGUGCAAGUCGUAUUGUUCGCUUGAUCCCCUGGCUCACAACAAUGGCCCGUUCGCGAUGGCGCCGGCAAGAGAAUGCCGAUGUUGAAGAGGAUGUUAAACUUGGCUCCGCAUUCUAUAAUCAAAGGGACCCCGAUCACCUCCCUCCUGUUAACUUGGUUCAGUCUGUUGGAGACGGGAUUCGCCAAAUCAGCUCCAUCCUGCGCACCGACCAUGCUGCCUAUGGUCUUCGGGGAGUCUGUGCUAUCAUGACUAUCGCGAUACUUUCCUUCCUCCGUGACUCUCAGACAUUUUACUUUGGACACCAAUUUCUCUGGGCCAUGUUUGCCAUAUUACUCUCCAUGGGCCGCACUGCUGGAUCAUCAACCUUUCUUCUAUUGUGCCGCAUACUGGGGACAAUCCUUUCCAUGAUAGUCUGCUAUCUUAUCUGGUACAUCCCCGAUCAAAAAACACCGGGGAUUCUCGUUUUGCUCUGGCUCUGGUUCACCGUUAUUGGCUACCUCUUUGUUCGAUUCCCAAGUUUUUCGAGCAUAUGGUUCGUAGCCCUUGUAGCCGCAAUUGUCAUGAUAGCCACUGAGCUUCAAGACCGUCGUCUGGGGCAAGAAGCCGUAUCGAAAUCCGGAUUUGCAGUUUACGCGCCAUAUAUCACCUUUCCCUACCGACUUGCUGUUGUGGCUGUCGGCGUUCUCAUUGGGUACUUCUGGACAAUUGUCCCAUAUCCACUGUCCGAACACUACGAGCUCCGCCAGGAGGUGGCAAAGUCCAUGUACAUGCUCGCCAACUUCUACAUGUGCAUCCGCCAAAUAAUCUUUGCCCGUAUUAACGGCACUGCUGGAGAUCCCACUGAUAAGAUCAGCCCCGCCUUCCACCUGCAAGAAGCUCGCCGCCGUGUCUUCCGCCAGUACCAGACACUGAUGAGCAACGGCAAGAAAUACUUCCAGUUCCUAGAUUGGGAAUUCGCUCUCGGUGGACGCUUUCCCAAAAGAGCUUAUAGUGAGAUUCUGCUCAUCAUAGAGCGUCUGGGCGGCUACAUGACCUUGACCGGAUAUGCGUCUCGCUCACUAAAUCGCUCUUCUGGUCCGUCUCUCUGGUGGACUGCCGACCAGACUGGAACGGUCGAGAGCUAUAUCGCUCUGGAUGGCAUCGCUACCAGGCUGAUCAUCCUGCAUUCUGCAUUGGCUGGUGGCCAUGCCAUGCCGCCGCAGCUUAGGAAGUUUGGAAUCCCGGACCUGAGGGACUUCCUUAGCAGGGAGAUACCCUCUGAAGAAGGAUUUGCCGCGGCAGCCCUUAUUCGCAGCGUCAACUGGUAUAUGACUCGGGAUCUAAAUCGGCUGACGCAGUAA